AACCAAACCAAGUCAAGGAAAUAGAUCACAGCCUCAUCUAACCAAAUAAUUCUCACCUGCACCCUCAGUAUUAUCCCCUUAUAACAACUCGGGUAUAGUAUCCGUCUUCACAGACCAAGAACUUCGAGAUCACCUCUUUCAUUUUGCUCAAGUGCGAUACCAAUGGCACAUUCUUCUCUGUUUUUCUUCCUCGUUAUGGUAUUUCCGUUUUAUUAUGUUUCGGGUAUUGGUAUAAACUACGGUACUCUCGGAAACAACCUCCCUUCUCCCAAAAGAGUAGCUCAGCUACUCCAAUCGACUCUCAUCGACAAAGUUAAGAUCUAUGAUACCAACUCACAGAUCCUCGAAGCCUUCUCCAACACCGGCAUUGAUCUCAUCGUGGCCGUCGAAAACAACCUCGUCAAAAACAUAAGCGCGGACAUAUCCGCGGCUGACGAAUGGUUCUCAUCGCGUCUCAUGCCUUUCAUUCCAUCCACUUCCGUCACCGUCAUCUGCGUGGGUAACGAGUACUUAUCCACCGCAGAUGGCGACGGCGACAAUGGCUUGGAUCCCAAGGCACUCAUCCAAGCCAUGCAAAACAUCCAUGCAGUUCUCCUAGCACGAGGCUUGGACCGCAAGAUAAAGGUCACAACUCCGCACUCUAUGGCCACUCUCGCCUCCUCUUUCCCUCCCUCAUCUUCCACUUUCGCAACCACUCUCAUGCCCAUCAUGACCGAAGUCGUAUCAUUUUUAGCCGACACCGUUGCACCCUUCAUGAUCAACGCCUACCCGUAUUUCGCCUUUCGGGAUAAUCCCGAAACUGUUAACCUAGAUUACGCCUUGCUAGGCAACGCUAGCGGCGUGCAUGACCCGAGAGGCUACACUUACACCAACAUGUUGGAUGCACAAAUCGACGCGGUGCAUUCGGCGAUCAAUGCAUUAGGGUUCGGCAACCGGUCCAUCGACAUAAUCGUCUCGGAAUCCGGCUGGCCUUCUAAAGGCGAGCCUGCCGAGACCGCGGCCACUCCUGAUCACGCAAGAACGUACAACACGAGACUAAUCGAACGCGGCCAGUCUGGCCAAGGAUCUCCCAUGAGGCCUAAAGAUAACGUACAAAUAUUUCUAUUUUCUUUGUUCAAUGAGAACGAGAAAGAAGGGGUGGCUAGUGAGCGGAACUUCGGGCUCUUCAACGGAGAUGGAUCUAAGGUUUAUGAAGUGGACUUGAGCUGUGAGUUUUGUAGCGGUGGAGACAAGUUUGGGUUCGGAGAGAAAGUGGUGUCAGGUGCGGUGAGAGGACCAUCGGUUUGGUGCGUGGCUAAGCCGCAUGCAGAUGAGAAGGUGGUUCAGGCUGUGUUGGAUUUUUGUUGCGGGCCGGGUGGUGUGGAGUGUAGAGAGGUUUAUGAGAAUGGGAGGUGUUUUGAGCCCAAUAAGAUUCAUGCGCAUGCGUCACAUGCGAUGAAUAGUUAUUACCAGAUGCAUGGGAGGAACUACUGGAACUGUGAUUUUAAAGGAACGGGGCUUGUGACAUUCAGCGAUCCAAGUUACGGGACAUGCCGGUAUUCGCAGCAGUGAGUUGGGGAAAGUGAAGUGCUUUUGACUAUGUAUCACGGACCUGUAGGCUGUAGGGCAGCUGAUAAAAGGGGAUGGUACUACUAAUUAUUAAGUACUCCAUCUGUCCCUCUCAUUUCUUUACCGUUACUAUUUUGGGAUGUCCCUCUCAUUUCUUUACAUUACCAUAAAUAGUAAGUUUUUUCAAUCAUUACACCCAUUAUCUUCUCCCACUAUCUCAUAUUUAACAAUAAAAACUACUAUUACACCCACUACCUUCCUCCACCAUCUCAAAUCUAUUAUUAAAUAUUGAUGGGUCCCACCA